UUUUUGCUGUCCUGCGCGCGCACGCUUUCCCGCACAGCCGACUGAGCUCUGUGAGGGAGCGAACAGUUGGAUAGAGAGGAACACAUCAUUCGACUCAAGAGAGGACUACUGAAACAAGCAAAAUAGACAGCAACAAACAACAAAAUAAAAAACACCUGAUUGACCAUAAGGAGCAGUUACUGGAGACGUAAAGGGUGCCUGGUGUUGCCUCCCGACACGGAUGGAAGCUCGCUUGAACGGCAUGUUUUUGCAGGACAAGCCUCUCUCCGAAUAGUUUCGCGAGACAUUUUGGUGUCCCGACAGCUAUAGCUGAUGGAAUAUAAAUCUGAAGAGUUGAAAGUGUUUAGGUGUUAAUGUUAUUCGAUACAUCUGUCAUAUACCAUAGCGUAAUUGAAACUGUUUAGAAAGACAGCAGUCUUGAUUUGCAAAAUGCUGACAUCUCUUUCGCGCAGCAGUGGGACUGUUGUGAGCAUGGAUUUAUCCUUCUGCAUACGCUUCACAUUCAUUUGAAAAAGAUUUAGUGCUUCGCGCAACUAUUCUUGUAUCGAACUUGCCAUUUUAAAGACAUCGGCUACCUGCAGAGAGAAGUCAGGACUACUGUCACUGUUCACAAGAACAGUCUUGCUAAGCCUUUUACGCACGUCUGUGAGGAAUAUCUACAAAUGUUGCAAGCCAGCAUGAAAAUGAUGAAGAAAAGGAAAUUCACCAUGGCUCUUGGGAAUCUAAACUGAAGAUAUCUGCUACGAAUUGUGCUUUGUGGUGUCCGGUAAAAUAUAAUCCAAACGUCACGUUGGUAGCAUUUGAGACAUAAUAUUGGCUCGUGACUGAAAGCAAGCUUUCACGUAGCUUGUAAAGUAUCGUUUGCUGUUCACGGCACUGCAUGCAGAAGGGAAAGAAAUAACUUCCUAGUGGAGGCCGGAAAACAAGACAAAACGGAUUUAAAUAACUUGGAAAAGUUACCGGUCCCGUAGUGUAUCGGUUGAAUUGUUGACUUUCUGAUUGAAAUAAAUAUUGCUUUCUAUAUUUAUCUCCUCGAACUGACCAGUAAAGGUUUGGUGGGUUUGUCUCGGGUGGCAUUCGGAACUGCUCCUUUGUAAGUGAGCUUAGCCGAGGAGGCGGCCGCUCUUUUCCGCACUAAACGCUACUUUGCUGACCAAAUCCAUUGCGGGUGGGAUACUUUCCGAUAACGAAGCCGAUAUGGAGGAAUGGAGACAAUGCGGCCGGUGGCUGAUAGACUGCAAGGUUUUGCCCCUGAACCACCGGGUUGUCUGGCCCUCGGCAGUCGUGUUCGACUUGGCUCAGGCGCUCCGAGAUGGUGUACUUUUGUGCCAAAUGUUGCACAAUUUGUCACCUGGCUCGGUAGACCUAAAGCAGAUCAACUUCAGACCACAGAUGUCUCAGUUUCUGUGUCUGAAAAACAUCCGGACCUUCCUGAAGGUGUGCCACGACAAGUUUGGACUGCGGAACAGCGAGCUGUUUGACCCCUUCGACCUCUUUGAUGUCCGGGACUUCGGCAAGGUGAUCUCAGCGCUGUCCAGAAUCUCUCAUCACAGUAUCGCACAGAUCAAAGGCAUCAGGCCCUUUCCUUCAGAGGACACUGCACUGAAUGAAGAUGAUAUCUACAGGAGCCUGGAGGAGCUGGCUGAUGAGCAUGACGUGGGAGAGGACGACAUCUACGACUGCGUCCCCUGCGAUGACGACGGCGACGACAUCUACGAGGAUAUCAUCAAGGUGGAAGUCAGACAGCCUAUGAUUCGAUACAUGCAGAAAAUGGGCAUGUCGGAGGACGACAAGCGCAACUGCUGCCUGGUGGAGAUCCAGGAGACGGAGGCCAAGUACUACAAAACACUGGAAGACAUCGACAAGAACUACAUGAUCCCACUGAAGCAGGUGCUCAGCCCUCAGGACAUGGAAGCUAUCUUCGUCAACUUAGAGGAUGUGAUCAAGGUCCAUGCGGCGCUGCUGAGGGCUAUCGACCUCAACAUGGUGACCGGGGGCAGCGGUCUGGGCAAGAUCUUCCUGGACUUCAAGGAAAGACUCCUGAUCUACGGCCAGUACUGCAGCCACAUGGAGCAUGCCCAGAAGACCCUGGAUGAUCUCAUCGUGACGCGAGAGGAUGUCAAGAUGAAAGUUGAGGAGUGCACCAUGAAGGUCCAGGAGGGCAAGUUCAAGCUGCAGGAUCUGCUGGUGGUGCCCAUGCAGAGAGUUCUCAAAUACCACCUGCUGCUAAAGGAGUUGCUAAGUCACUCGACAGACCGGCCAGAGAGACUACAGCUGAAGGAGGCGCUCGAGGCCAUGCAGGACCUGGCUAUGUACAUCAACGAGGUGAAGAGAGACAACGAAACGCUGAAGAAGAUCAGUGAGUUCCAGAGCUCCAUCGAGAACCUGCACGUGAAGCUGGAGGAGUAUGGGCGGCCCAAGAUUGAUGGAGAGCUAAAGGUGUCCACGGCCGUCAACCGCACCAAACAGGACAGGUACAUCUUCCUGUUCGACAAAGUGGUGAUCGUGUGCAAGCGCAAAGGCUACAACUACGAGCUGAAGGAGAUCAUCGAGCUGCAGUACUACAAGAUGUCCGACGACCCCAUGAACAACAGAGACAUGAAGAAGUCGAGUGGGAAAAUGUGGUCGUACGGCUUCUACCUCAUUCACCUGCAGGGGAAGCAGGGCUUCCAGUUCUUCAGCAAGACGGAGGACACCAAGAGGAAGUGGAUGGAGCAGUUUGAGAUGGCCAUGUCCAACAUCAAACCGGAGAGAGCCACGGCCAACCAGCACAACUUUGAGAUGCACACGUUUGAGAAGAACACAAACUGCAGAGCCUGCAAGAUGCUGCUGAGAGGCAUCUUCUACCAGGGCUACUUCUGCUCGCGCUGUGGGACUGGCGCACACAAGGAGUGCCUGGAGGUCAUCACCAUCUGUAAAAUCAAUCCACACGAUUCGGACCCAGGGCUACUCUCCUCAGGUAAGAAACUGUGUUGUUUGCCAGGUCCAAAAAUGGUGGCCCUCAGGAAUUACCACGGCACACCCUCUCCCCCGGGGAAACCCCCUCUCAGCUUCCAGACCGGUGAUGUCAUUGAGCUGCUGAAAGGAGACCCGGACACCGCCUGGUGGGAGGGGCGACUCAUUCAAGGCCAGAAGACGGGCUACUUUCCCAGCUCCAGUGUAAAGCCUUGCCUCGAUCCCAAGCCUUUCCAAGGUUUCACCAGUCGCCAGUCUUCAAGAGAUGUUGACUACACUGUCUACCCCUGGUUUGCUGGAAACAUGGAGCGGCAGCAGGCCGACAACCUCCUCAAAUCUCACAGCAGCGGCACCUACCUGAUCCGGGAGAGGACCGCAGAGGCCGAGAGAUUCGCUAUUAGCAUCAAGUUCAAUGAUGAAGUGAAGCACAUUAAGGUGAUCGAGAAAGACAACUGGAUUCACAUCACUGAAGCCAAAAAGUUUGAGAGUCUCUUGGAGUUGGUAGAAUACUAUCAGUCUCACUCGCUGAAGGAGAGCUUCAAGCUGCUGGACACCACACUCCGUUAUCCCUACAAGUCACGAGAACGCUCCUUACCACGCUCCUGCACACGCUCUCCAGCAGCCUCCUCUGCUUCCUACAACUUCUCCUUCCUCAGUCCUCAGGGCCUCAACUUUACUUCCUCUCAGAGCUCUGCCCCCUUCUGGUCAGUGUUUACGCCGCGUGUGGUGAGCACGGCAGUAGCGCGGUACAACUUUGCGGCGCGGGACAUGAGGGAGCUGUCGCUGAGGGAGGGGGAUGUGGUGAAGAUCUUCAGCAAGAUCGGAGGAGACCAGGGCUGGUGGAAAGGAGAAGCCAAUGGCAAGAUUGGCUGGUUCCCCUCCACGUAUGUUGACGAAGAAGGUGUCCAGUGAGACUGGAGGGCCUCAGGCCAUCACCUCCAAUCAGAAUGCCGGACUCUCGAACCCACUGCCCUCUGAGAGGAGACUUUGGAAACGUGUGGAAUAUUCCUCCUUUUUUGUGCUGGAAACAUCUUCUUUCAGAAAAAAAAGCCAACAGUGGAUGUUUGUACAGCUGUCCUCUUUUUGUCCUGUACAAAACAGCGCUUCAUUUUUUUCUUCUCCCUCUUCUACUGUUUUUCUCUUCAUCUCUUUAUCUGUGUCGUCCUAUGAAGCAUUUCUAACGUCCAUUGGAUCUCUGUGAUGACCAUGAGACAUCGAGGAGGGUGAAGUCCAGACUAUGUGCUUAGGGCUCUGAGACCACUUCCUCCUUCGGACCAGAGUCCCACUGCCAUGCACAGAGACCAGAGGGAAAGCUUUGCCUCUGUACAGUAGUAUCAUCCACUGGGUUUUGCUGUUAGCCUAUUGGGAGUUGGGUGGGGAAAUAUAUAUGUAUAGAUAAUUUAUUUAAAGAGAAAAAAAAGUAAUUAUAUUAAAAAAAAAACAAUUGUGCAAGGUGGGGUGAGUUGUAAGCCUUUCAAAAAGCACGCCAGAGACGGUGACAGAGAGAGAAGAAUCAAGAGAGGGAGGGGUGGGGAGGAGUUCAAAGAAAAGAUGCACUUUGCUUUUCUUUACGACAAAGAAUUUGCCUUAGUUGUCAUGGUGAUGCCUUUUUGCGCGGGGGGGGGGACGGAGUGUGUCGUCUUGCACGGAAACUGCACUCUCUCUUUCACAUACACACACAUACAGUACACACACACACACACAAACUUAUACUGAUAUACAUUCAGACAUGUGCACAUAUGCCCUGUCUCCAUGAACAUGGUGCCUUUUAAGAGAGUUCAACACUUCUGACAGUUUAAUAUAGAGGAGAGCACGGAACGGUAGAGAGAGAGAGAGAGAGAGAGAGAGAGAGAGAGAGAGAGAAGGGAAACAAAACACAGAAAGAAGAGCAGAAAAGGGCUCAAUUCCACCAAACCAUGUCUCUUCCAAGACUUCCUGAAAUCUGGAAGGAGAUAUGGAAAGACUUGGAACUCGUUGCCCUCACUUUCACCAUCUCAUCAUGACUAGCAUGCACAUGAGCGAUCAUUGUUCUAAGCAUCUGGCCUCACAGCUGUUUCUGAGGGUGUAGAUGUUUGCAUAGGGUUUCCUCUCUUACCCAGGACAAGUCACAGGACACAGAUAGAUGAUAGAAAGAAAUAACACACACACACAUGCACACACACAUACAGUGGUCAGGGGGUGUCGGCACCUUACGUCAGGGGACGUUUUAGUUGAAUAAAUAAAAAGGGAAAAUUAGAGUCAUCAUGAAAAGAAACAAAUGAACACAAACACAAACAUGCCAAUGUGUGCACUGAUAUUACGGUGACUGGGGUGUAUUUUUUUUUCUGGGAAUUUAUUUUAUUGUAUUUUCUUUUUUGUCUGGAUAUUUGUUGAAUUCUGUUUUUUAAUUGUUUGCACAGACACACUCUUCACCUCUCUUGGAGAAAAGAAAGAGAACAUCUUCAGACAGCUGGUUAACUUUUGUUUUAAAAAUAAUGCCAAAUGAAAGCAUUUAUGAAGAAUACUCUCUACUGGUUCAUUCUGGAAUGAACUUUAUCAUGUUCUUGUUAUGUCAUGGUGACAGUCAUGUGGUCUUUUGCCUUAUGAGUGUGAUAACACGGUGCUACGACUGAUUGGCUUGUUUCUGGAGGUCAGAGACUGUGGGAUGGACGAGACUUUCGAACUACAUAUCCCACAAUUCCUUCCAGUGCCCCUUCAGUCACUGAGAAAGGCAAAGGGGAUCGCACGCUGUACCCGUCCUCACAACAUGCUCCGUAUGACACUGGCAACACUGGUUGUUUACUUGUACAGUAUGUGUGUGUGUGCCCAUGUGUUCUCAUGACGUUCCUGUGACAUUCACCUCGUCUACCGGACACCUCGUCUACCGGACUCUGGAAUGACACUGGAGGAAAGAAGAAAACAACAAGCACAGGAAUUAACAGGACACUUCAGCUGACCCUGAGUGUCACUAAACCGAGAUUAAACACACACACACACACUCAUACACACUCAAACACAAGUCUAUGGACCGCUGUAUAUAAUGGUGUCAGCCACAGGUUACUACCUACACAACCCUUCAACUCCGUUUGAUUGAAUCCAAACAGCCAGUUUGGAUACCAGUUUCUUCUUCUGGCUUUCGAUUGGACAUAUGAGGCUCUUACACCACAACUCUUGCCAUGGUAUCCAUGAUGUCAAAGUGUCAUAUGUCUUAGCUUUCUGCACAAAUGUCCCUCUCUCUAUAUAUACUUGAGCUACUGCUAUGGUCCAGGUGGAUGGACACUUGGUGCAACAGGUAUUGAGAUGGCCAGUCAGAACCUUACAAUCAAGAGUGAGCUUAUAACCAGAGUGCUAAAGAGAGCACAUUAGAUUUUUUAAGAGGAACAUUGUUUAUUGUGUACUCGUCUUACAAGACCAACUUUCCAUCUGAUUCUUACACGGUGCAACAAACCCAAGACAGGUCUUGAGUUUAAAACAUCUUUACAUUUGCCAAGUGUUCCGUUCAGUGAGACAAGCCUCCUCUCCAGGCUAAAUGUGCAUUUCUCUUGCUGUCCAAGGUGCUGAUUGGUCACCAUUUCCAUACCUUGACUGAAGAUGUCAUGUCCACAGGAUGCAAAUGGUCCAAAUCCAAUGAAGCCAGACAUAUUUAGUUUUCUAGUAAUAGCAAAACUGAGUCACUGUGUGAGUGUGUGCAUCCAGGUGAGAGUGGGAGUGGGCAGGCUGUGGAGAGAGAAGCAGAAGAGAGCUGUGGUGUGCAGCAGAGACGCUAUACGUCAUCUCUGUCAUCUCUUGAGCCAGGUGCAGACUCCAACCCUUCAUGUCAUCUACUGAUAAAUAUUAUAAAUAAUUAUUAUGAUCUGUGCAAUGGCUGAGAAACCAAGGGUUGUUUUACUGAGUGUGAGUGGGUUGAGUACGGUGUGUUUGUGUGUGUAAGAGAGAAGGAGAGGAGUGUGUGUGCGCUUCGUACAGAUCUGCUCCUUCACCUCAGUGAUCAUAACUGAUUGCGGUGGAGUUACUGGCGUAGGGGGUUAGUAGCUUUUGUGUAGUGGAGAAAACCCAUUGCAUGUGGUAAAUAGAUAUUACAACUCAUGUCAGUAAAUCCUUAAGAAAAUAAAUUAAUUGUGUACUUUUUGAAUGGUAAUUUACUUCCAAACCGAGCUCUAUCAUGAAAUAAAUAUUUCUCUUUUGUCUAUA